AUGGCAAUCCUGGCCAUCACACUCAUACCCUGCUCCCUGCCAUGCUCAGCUGACAUCCAAGUUCAUAUGGAGGGAACCCGUGAGGGACAGAGCCCUCCGGCGCCACAGGCAGCGCGACGCCAGGGUACGGCAUACCGCCGCCACCCCAACACUACGCCGCCGGCACCUGCAGUGCUGCACCGCAAGACCCUACAGCAGGCUGUUCCAGUGCCACCGAUGUGA